UCCAGAGGCGGAAGUAAAGCUCUUUCCAACACGGAUAACUAUUUUCCAGCUUUUCUUCUGGAGGAAUGCAAAAGUUCUCUUUCCUUAAGACAAAUGAGCAUUCCAAAAGGUUGGAGCUACUUGACCAUUCUGGCACCACGAAACCUUUCGUAUAUAAGAAGUAAUGUUCUCUUUGGUUCAAGAUGUUGGAUGAUCCGAUUUUCAUCAGAAAUCCUCUUCAAAUCAGUUUCAUUUAGGCUUUUUGGUGUGAAACAUGAUAAUGAAGACAGUGAGCCUUUUGAGAAUGAACUACUGACUAAGUUAGUGAGUAUGGGAGUAGAUGUUGACAUGGCGAAGAAACGACAGCCAGGAGUUUUUAAUAGGAUAGGUAUUAAUGAGCAGGACCUGAAGAUGUUCCUUCUCUCCAAAGGAGCUAGCGAAGAAGUGAUUGCUAGCAUAAUAUCAAGAUAUCCACGAGCCAUAACACGCACAACUGAAAAUCUUUCCAGACGGUGGGAUCUGUGGAAAACAAUUAUGACAUCGGACCUUGAAAUUGUAAAUAUUUUGAAACGUUCUCCUGAAUCAUUUUUUCGGUCAAAUAAUAACCUGAACCUGGAGAAUAAUAUAAAGUUUCUCUACUCAGUUGGAUUGACCCGUAAAUGCCUUUCUCGAUUGUUGACCAAUGCCCCACGUACCUUCUCCAAUAGUCUUGAUUUGAAUAAACAGAUGGUUGAAUUUUUGCAAGAGAUCUGUUUGUCUUUAGGUCACAGUGAUCCCAUAGAUUUUGUGAGGAAAAUAAUUUUUAAGAACCCUUUCAUCUUAAUUCAGAGCACCAAACGGGUAAAAGCUAACAUUAAGUUUUUACAGUCAACAUUCAACCUGAACAAUGAGGAGCUGCUUGCUCUGAUAUGUGGUCCAGCAGCUGAAAUCCUAGAUCUUUCCAAUGACUGUGCCAAAAGAAACUACACAAAUAUUAAAGAAAAGUUGUUUUCUCUUGGGUGCACUGAAGAAGCGGUACAGAAAUUUGUCUUGAGCUAUCCAGAUGUGAUCUUCUUGGGAGAAAAGAAGUUUAAUGAUAAAAUAGACUGCCUCAUAGAAGAAAAAAUUCACAUUUCAGAAAUAAUUGAAAAUCCUCGGAUUUUGGAUUCAAGCAUAAGUACUUUAAAAAGUCGAAUCAAAGAAUUGGUAAAUGCUGGCUAUAACUUGAGUACAUCAAACAUCACUCUUCUGUCUUGGAGUGAGAAAAGAUAUAAAGCUAAAUUGAAAAAGUUAAACAAUGGAUAGAACACUGUUCUGGGGAAUUAUAAAAAAGUCCUAAUGUGAUAUCAUUUCAUUUUGAAUAUGGGUUUUUCAAAAAGGAGAGGUUUGGUUUCUUAAUCACAUACACACAUUUAAUGCUCCUUUGGAUAUAUUGUUUUAAAGUUUCAUAAAAACUCAUGGUCAGUGUGCUCAAGUAUAGUCUUCCAAGCUACCUUUUCUCUAGUUGGAAUUAAUACAGUGUCCUAUUAUAUGAUAUAGGCUGUAUAAAAUGGCACUUCCUGCGUGCCAAAGCAAAACAAGGUAUAGAAAGAUAGGAAAUACAAAAUAAGCUUUUUGGGAUUUUUUUUUUUGUUCAAAUUAAAAAAUUGACAGAUUCAUUUAGAUAGUUCCAUUUUCUUUAAUGGGUUUGAAUGGCAACCUAUUUUUCCUGUUAUUCCCAUGUAUCUAAUUAAGGUUCACCUUCAAAAUAAAAUGCCAGUAAAAAUCUGACAGAACAAUAAGGAGGGAUUUUUUGUUCCAAGUUCUACAUUCUUUAUUUAAACCACUAUUAUGCUCCCCUGCCCCUCCCCUCAGUCUUUUAGGCUCAAUUUACUACCGGUAUCAUCUUGAUUUCUUUGAAGACAAGGGCAACUGUGGUAGGCAGAAGAGUUGCCACCCAAAGAUAUCAAAGUCAUAAUUCCCAGAAUCUAAGACACUAUUAGUUAAAUUGUAAAAGGACUUUGCAGAUGGGAUUAAAUUAAGGACCUUGAAAUGGGAUGAUUACCUGCAUUGUUCAGAUGGGCCCAGUAUAAUCAUAAGAACACUUAAAAAGUGGAAGAGGGAGGUAAAGGAGUUAAGAGUGAUACGAUGUUAGAAGGACUUGAUCAGUAAUGCUUUGAAGGAGGAAGGGCCUAUGAGCCAAGGAAUACAGGUAACCUCUAUAAAAUGUAAAAGGCAAGGAAGCACUCCUAGUGCCUCCAGAAGGAAAUACAGGCCUGCCAGGACCUUACAUUAAGCCUAGUGAGACCUAUGUCAAACUUAUGACCUAUAGGACUAUAAGAUAAUAAAUUUGUGUUGUUUUAAGCCUCUGAGUUUGUGAUAAUUUGUUACAGCAGGAAAUAGAAUAAGGCAGCGACUAAAAAUGAUUAGUUACAAUAUAGGUCAAGUCACAAAAUGUGGUCCUUUUAGUAUCGUAUCUGUAUUUAUUCUUCAUAUAAUUACCAUUUUUAUUCAACUACCUUUCUGGAAUGGCUAAUGAGUUUUGUAAAAUCCUCUAAAUGUAUACUAAAAACUAGGUGUGAGUAAUACAAUCUAAAUUAAGGAAUAUUUUUGCCUAGUGAAUGUAGUUUAAAGAAAUGGUGAUAAUUUCUGUAUAUUUAGAUUUUGUUGGCAUUUUAUCUAGUAUAAAAAAAAGAACACCAAAUAGAUGGUGUUUGUAUCUUGAAGACAUUGACAAGCUAGCUUUGAUGUAAAAUGAGAGGGAUGGGACAAAUUUCAUAACCUUAAUUACUUUUGUUUUCCAGAGACAUUUAUUUUCUAGAUGUGGAUUUUGAAUUAAAUAAUGGUGUUCAACCUUUUAAGCCUUGUUGCCUAUUGUUUGGUGGGAUAGGUAGUAAACUAAGGCAGGGAGAAGGAAGGAGACAUGUCUCACCCAUUGACUCAGCAGUCCUGAGCCUGGUUCGAUAAGAUGUCCAUUCUGAACAUCACAGGCAGGGAUAGUGCAGGAGGACGGGAGUCUCUGUGCUGGGAAAGGGAUCCUCUGUAACAAUUUCACUAAGACAAAGAACCUUUACUAGCUAAGAAAGAAAGCCUUUGUAGCUGUACAUUAUUCCCAAGGUGUGGAAGGGGAAGAAAGAGGGGAAACCUAUAAACUGACUAAAGUAUAUAAACCCUGAAUCCCAAUAGUAAGUGCACUGGGGUUAGCCAGGUGCCCACCUGUAGCAGCUCAAAUGUAUAGAAUAAACUUACAACUUUAUUUCUUCUAUGUGUGGGGCAUUCAGACUAGCUGGGUGCUUGCCUGUAGUUUUGUGCUUGUGUGUGUUUCAUAAAUAAACUUGCUAUCUCAUUUCCACUA